AUGAUUGAUGUACGUAGACAUCACCUUCGCAGGCCAAAAGAUGAGCGCACAGGUGCCUCAGAAUUAUUCAUGUCCGAACAAAUUGCCAAGAGACUUGGCCUUCAUAUGGAGAAGGCAACGGGAUCCAUCAAAACCGUGAAUGCCGAAGAAGUUCCAAUUCUCAAGGGGGUGCGUAAAGAAGAACCCACCUUUGUGGCUUCAUUGGUGGAAAUUGAACCCACAAUGACCGAAGAAGUCCCAACUGAAGUGGGACAAGUAUUGGCGGAGUUUAGAGAUGUAAUGCCAACUGAGCUACCGAAGAAUUUACCAUCGAAGAGAGAGGUGGACCACAAGAUCGAGCUUGUCCCAAAUGCGGAGCCACUCGCCAAAACAUCAUAUCGAAUGGCUCCACCGGAGUUAGAGGAGCUUCGCAGACAAUUGAAAGAGCUCCUAGAUGCUGGAUACAUCCGACCAUCAAAGUCACCCUUUGGUGCACCGGUGUUAUUCUAA